AUGUUGUACCAGAUUAAGUGCUUAUUUUAUGAACACACUUUUGCCCUUGCUUUGGUACUAAGGUUUUUGUUGGUUGCUUAUGGUAGGAUCCACGAUUCCUUGUUCAAACUAAAAUAUACGGAUAUCGAUUACAAAGUGUUUACGGAUGCGGCGUCUUUUGUUUAUAAGGGAGAAUCCCCUUACCUAAGGGAAACUUAUAGAUACACCCCUUUGAUUGCAUUCUUACUAAUACCAAAUGUCACACUUUGCAAGGAUUUUGGUAAAAUUUUGUUCUCAAUUUUCGACAUUUUAACUGGUUACUUUGUUCACAAAAUACUCAAGUUCUCAAAAGUACCCCUUAGUAGGUCGAGAAUCUUGACUGCUAUUUACCUAUUCAAUCCAAUCAGUAUUGCAAUAUCAACCCGGGGGAAUGCAGACUGUUUGAUCUGCUUUGUUGUGAUGUCUGCCAUAUAUUUCCACAUGAAAAAUCGCACAAUACUUUCCUCAAUUUGUUUGGGUUUUGCAAUACAUCUCAAACUCUAUCCAGUCAUAUACCUGAUCCCAUUCUUUAUCAGUUUGUAUAAAAUACCUGUCACGAACAAUUUUGUUGCCAAAAUUAGAAGCAAUUAUUCGCUAUACAACAUAUUGAACUCAUGUAUGUCAUUAAUAUGGGAUUCGAUUUAUCACUUAAAUAUUAAUCACGUAAAAUUUCAGGUUACAUUAAUAACAACACUCACGUAUCUGACACUGCUAUUCUACAAUACUUAUGGAUACUCAUUUUUAUACGAGACUUACUUAUACCACUUUAAACGAUUGGACCAUAGACAUAACCUAUCUUUAUACUUCUACCACAUCUAUCACCUGGUGGAUAAACAUCAAAAAUUAAACUUUCUUGUUUACCCGUUCUUCCAAUUACUAUGUGUUGUGACCUGUGGACUAAUUGUUGAUGAUUUAAUUUUAUCAAUGUGUCUACAGACAAUAAUGUUUAUCGCGUUAAAUAAAGUUUGCACUUGCCAAUAUUUCAUUUGGUGGAUAUCCCUUCUACCUUUGGCAUUAGCAAAGGCAAAACUUACUCAGGACGACAUUAAGAACCUUUUUUACUCUGGACUGCUCUUCAUUCUGUCACUGGGACUCUGGUUAUUUUUUGCAUAUUUGCUGGAAUUUGUGGGGAUUUCCACUUACAUUCAUCUAUUUGCUAGCAGCAUAUUCUUCACAUACUCCCAGUUCAAUUUAGCAUGGAAAAUAUACUCGAUUUGCAAUAAUUACAGCACUGUCAAUAAUUCCACAAAUAAUGUUGAAAAGGGAAAACUGAACGAUUAA